AUGUUUUCAGCUUGGAUGGAAGCAAACAAGACUUACAUAGAGGCAAGGAAUUUGACUUACUCUACUUUUCUUUUCAAGUUUGUUUAUGAUAAAAGAUACCGACGAUGGAAACCACAUAAAAAAGGUCAUAGAAUUGGAAUACUAAUUUGGGUUCCCCCAAGUACUGGCGAGCUAUAUUACCUUAGAAUGAUGCUGACAGUUAUUAAGGGACCAACUUGCUUUGACGAUUUAAAAAAGGCGUGUGGGAUCGUUUGUGAGAGUUUUAGAGAUGCAUGCUUCGAAAUGGGAUUUCUUAACGAUGACAAGGAAUAUGUUGCAGCCAUAAAUGAGGAUGAAGCACCUAUGGCCCAUAAGAACUGCUUUGAGGCAUUGGAUAAGAUCCUUAUAGAUGUCAUGAGCAAAAAGGGUCUUGCGAUGUUACUGCAAAAAACUGUUGAGGGAAGAGAUAAUACAGGUAAUGAUGAACUAGCAGUUUUCUCUAAGUGGAUAUUAGAUGUUGGUGAUGGUAAGAUAUGUGAACCAAAUUAUGGAUUGGUUGAUAUAGAAAUUCCUCAAGAGCUAUUAAUAUCCAAUUUUGAUGAUCCUAUAAAAGCUAUAGUUGAUAGCACAUAUCCCAAUUUAUUGGAAAAUUUUCAAAAUGUGGCAUAUUUACAAGGAAAAUCAAUUCUUGCCUCAACCAUUGAAGUUGUGGAUAAAAUCAAUCAUUAUGUAUUAGACCUUAUUCCAGGAGAAGAGAAAGAGUAUUUGAGUUCCGAUGAAAUUGAUAGAACUAAUACAAGUUAUACUGGAGCGUAUGAAGUUCUAACUCCAGAAUUUCUUAGUAUGCUAAGAACAUCAGGUCUACCAAAUCAUAGAAUCAAAUUGAAGGUUGGUACUCCAAUUAUGCUAAUGAGAAAUUUGGAUCAAAUUGAUGGAUUGUGCAAUGGAACAUGGAUGAUUGUUACAAGGUUGGCAAAUCAUGUUAUUGAGGCAAAAAUUAUGUCUGGAAAAAACAUUCGUAAUAUCUUUUAUAUUUCUCAGAUGUCUAUGUCACCUUAUGAGUCACCUUGGCCCUUUAUGUUGAUUAGGAGGCAAUUUUCUAUCAUUGUCUCUUACGCAAUGACAAUAAACAAAUCCCAAGGACAAUCGCUUGAUAGCGUCGGAUUGUAUUUUCCUACUCCUGUUUUUAGUCAUGGACAGUUAUAUGUUGCAAUUUCAAGAGUUACAAUCAAAAGUAGUCUUAAAAUCUUGAUACAUGAUGAUAAAAAUGAACCAUGUUCUACCACUAUAAAUGUUGUAUACAAGGAAGUUUUCCAAUCAUUUUGUUAG